GCCACUACAUGGUGAGUGACUUGCGAUAGAUGACGAGGCCUAAUAUUUGACUGUCCUUUCUUUUUUAGCAAGCUAAGGACGCGGCUAGGGCGUCAGGGAAGAAGAAGGGGACGACUCUGUCCCAGCUGAAGAAGAGAGCUGUGCCGGCUGGCUCGGAGACUCCGAGUACCUUCAAGAAGCCAAAACCCCUACCUCGCCGUCUCGUGAAGAAAGACGAGUCGAAGGUUGCUGAGGGGGGAUGCCCUGAUGACGAAGAGAUGGGCGUGGACAAGCCGUCUCUGGUGGUGGACUUGGUGGAGGACCCUCUUUCGGGAAUCCCGGCCGACGUCCGCUCUCAGAUACCGGCGGAGGUGGCCCGCCGAGCUAGGUCUUCGGGCGCCAAAGACAAAGGGAAGGAUGCAGCUGCUGCCGAGGAUGAGAACGUACCUGCUACUCCACACUAUUCGUCAAAGGAUAGGGUGGCUAUAUGCCGCAAGGUUUUUAAGGCCGUCCCCGCUGAGUAUGUUGCUUCUCUUCCUGGCCGCAAGACUGACGCCCAAUUUGGUGCGAUCCAGGCCACUCUUCUCGACGUAAGUCUAUUUCCAACUUGCUUGUACUUGUCUUCCCUUUUAGAGUCAUUUACUAAUAUGUAGCUUCUUCUGCAGUUGUUCUGCCGCAUGGAAUUCUGCAAGAGCUGGAAGACCCGCACUGCUGAGGAGCUCAAAGCUCAGGUGGCUGAGUCCACCCACCAUGGUGACUAUGCGUUCAAGUCCAUUGAAGAGGUCCGCCUGCAGAUGCAGACGACCAUAGACCUUCAAGCGAAGGAGGUGGCUGCGUUGAGAUCUGACAAGGCCGAGCUGCUUAAGAAGAUCUUGGCGCAGGACAAGGACAUGGUGGCAAUGGUCGAGGAAGCCAAGACAGCGGCGGCGGAAAUACGGGCGCUUCAGGACCAGUUGCGGGAGUACCCUCAGGUCAAAGA